AUGUUAGUGAAGAUUUUUUCAUCAAAUUCCAUGGUCCUUUCAGUGCAUCUUAUUCUCCAGCUCAUCAUGCUUUCCAUCUGGGUACAAGGAUCAGAUUCUUUUUAUAGGAUGAAGUACAAAAAUAACGAGACAGCCGUAUUGGGAAAAAAUGUGACUAUAUUCUGCAAUUUGACAACUCCAGAAGAUGUUCUGCAAAUUACUUGGCAGAAGAUCCAAGAUUCUUCACCACAAAAUAUUGGCACUUACAGCAGUAGAUAUGGGGCAAAGAUUCUUCCACCAUACCUAGAUCGGCUGCACAUUGAGCCCAAUCCCUCAUUCAUUACUAUCCAUGAAGUGACAUUUGAAGAUGAAGCCUGCUACAAAUGUUUAUUUAAUGUGUUUCCACAUGGCAGCUACGGAGGACAAAUCUGCCUUAAUAUUCUAACUGUGUCUGAAUUAAGGACUGCACUCCAGUCCAAUCCCGACUCUGAGGGUUUUCUUACAAUUAUUUACUCAGCUAUGGGAAAGCCUGCUCCUCAAAUAUCUCUUUCCCCCUCACGAGUCCUGAUUAAUCCACCUGGGCAAUACCAUGCUCAGAACCCAAAUGGCACAAUAACUGUCACUAAAAUGGACAACAUUUCUCUGGAGACUGCGCGUUCCCUCGGACUCCAAAACGUGAUUGUGCACAUGGAUCAUCCUCUAAGGCACGAAGAGAAGAUUGUUCCUCUUCCGGUUAAACAAGAAUGUAUUUCCUGGUCUUCAUAUGUUCGGAAAUCUACAGUUGGGGCACUCAUAUCUUCUUUAUGUAUGAUUGCAGUUAUCAUUGCUCUCUAUACUGUUCAAAGACAGAAAAACUCAAAGAAGACACGUGAUCCAACACCAGAGCUGAGGCAGUCCCACCUGGAGACCCUGGUGAGCGAUGACUUUCUUCGCAGACACAUGUGAUGAGCAGGUGCUUGACUUUUGCAGUCACUGUGCAUUUCAAAUGUAAGUUUUAACCUUCCAGAUCAAAUUAUGCACUUGGAGCAGCAACAAACAUCUUAGAAAUAAGCAGAUGCAAAGAUUUGUUUAACUAUAUAAUCCAAUUUCAUGAACUAGUGGGUUCAAAUGAAGUUAUAUAGUAUUAACGUCUCUGAAUGUUUCUAUUCACCCCCACAGGCUGAUUCAGGUCCCAUCACCACCAUCUAUAGAAUGGCUGCUUUAAUUUGCAUUUUUUUCUGAUUAUUAGUAAGUAGGAGCGUGUCUUUCUAUAUUUGUUAGCCAUUCAGAGUUCCCUUCCUGUGAAGUUCUUGUUUACACAUCCUCACGUGAUACCCAGUUGGUUGUCUAUAUUUGCUAAAAUUCUUUAUAUCCUAGAUUCUUUACAUACUACAUAUUGAUUUAUUUUCCCUAUUUGGCACCACUCUAUUAAAUUUCUCAGUUAUAUCAUUAAAUGAAUGAAAUAUUUAAUCCUGUAAUGCUGGUAAAUCUAUAGAUUUUUCCCCUGAGAGUUUGAGUUUGGGGGUCUUAUUUAAGAAGUUUUCAUCUACCUUAAGU